UCUAAAGGAACCGAGUCACUAAAAGCAUUCAGUUUGCCCCAAACGUACCAUAAAUUUGUUUAAAAAUGAGCAGUCAAAUUAAAAAGUCAAAAUCGACCUCCCCGAAAUUGGUGAGAUCAUCGCCGAAAAGUGUUCCGAAAGCUGCAGGCGAGAUACAAAUUUUCAGUUGCCAGUUUGAAGUGUUUGGUCAUGUGCAGGGUGUUUUCUUCCGCAAGCAUACUCAAAGGAAGGCUAAGGAGUUGGGAAUAACUGGCUGGUGCAUGAACACAACUCACGGAACAGUCAAGGGAAUGCUGGAGGGAUCCUUGGAUCAAAUGACUGACAUGAAAUACUGGCUGCAGCACAAGGGAAGUCCUCGUUCAAUGAUCGAGAAGGCGGUUUUCUCAGAGAAUGAACCUUUGCCUAUCAACAACUUCAAGAUGUUCUCAAUACGUCGCUAGAUCUUAAUUUUUUGUAUGGAAGUUUCGUAAUUAAUUUUGUUUAACCUAACAAUGGGAAUGUCCUUUGAGCGUGUAACACCCGUUUGUCAGGACAUAAAGCUAAAACGUGAGAAUCGCUGAGAGCACGUAAUAAAAAUUCAGUUCUGGCUCCCAAAA